AUGACUAACUAUCAUCCACAAAUUCAACAGCUGCAACAAAAACAACGCCUCUUUUGCUUAAAUAAACAGGUCUGCAAAGAUGAGAAAGAACCACGCGUCACAACUGAGAAACUUGAAACGUACCGAAAGAUGAUAAAAGCUUUGCAGGCUGACCUGGAAGAGAGCCAAGUUGAGAUAAAGCGAAUGCAGCUUAAGGAAGAAUACAAAGAAAGAGAGCUGGCAAAUUUAAAACGUGAUUUCAAGAGAAAGGAGCGAAAAUGGGAAGAAGGAAAUGCAUUCGUGGAAAAGGUUAUGGUGGAAAGAAGAGAGCUAUUGGAUGAUGUUGAUUACUUGGAAGAAAGCUUAAAGAACAGUCAAGAAAGGAAUGAAGAUCUGAUGUUUGAGGUUGAUGAGCUGAAGAUAACGAUACAGGAAAUGAACAGGGAGGAAGGGAUGGAACACAGUCGCGAUGGACGCGGACAUCUACGCGAGGAAGUAGAGCUACUAAAUGGAUCCCAGGAGUUUAAUGAACAGCGAAUAGCUCUGUUAGGGAGUCAAGUGGAAGCGUUUAAAGCCGAAAGAGAAGAGUUCUUGGAUGAUGUUGAUUACUUGGAGGAAUGUUUGAAAAACAGUCAAGAAAGAAAUGAAGAUCUGAUGUUUGAGGUUGAUGAGCUGAAGAUAUCGAUACAGGAGAUGAAAAGGGAGUACAUGAUGGAACACGGUCGCGGUGGAUGCGGGCAUCUACGUGAGGAAGUAGAGUUACUAAAUGGAUCCCUAGAGUUGAAUGAACAGCGAAUGGUUCUGUUAGAUUACCAAGUGGACGUGCUGAAAGCAGAAAGAGAAGAGUUCUUUGAUGAUGUUGAUUAUCUGGAGGAAUGUUUAAAAAACAGUCAAGAAAGAAACGAAGAUCUGAUGUUUGAGGUUGAUGAGCUGAAGAUAACGUUACAGGAAAUGAACAGGGAAUAUAUGAUGGAACAUAGUCGCGGUGGAUGCGGACGUUCACGUGAGGAAGUAGAGUUACCUAAUGGAUCCCUGGUGUUGAAUGAAGAGCAAGCAGUUUUGUUAGAGAACCAGUUCCAUGAGAUAAAAUGUGACACCUCAAAGACUUCAAUGGAUCUCAAAGAUGAAAUUGCGAAGUUACAAAAAGAAAAAUCCAAACUAUCCUCGUUACUAUCAAAGGCAUCAGAAGAAGAAAACCAGUUGUAUGAGUUAAAAUAUGAAAAGUCAAGGAUCACAAAAACAUUUGAAGAUCAUCUAACCAGGUUAAGAAGAGAGAACUGCACUUUGACUGCCAUACUAUUAAUGGCUUGCGAAAAGGAUGACCAGUUGACUGAACUGAAAGAAAAAGGAGAACUGAAGAAGCAAAAAGAGUGUGGUUCUUAUCCAGAGAAAGAGCUCUACGUGAGAAUUGGACAUCAAGAGAAUCAGAUGGUAACCAGGAGAGAAAAAGCUGCUUUACAUCAGAUAAUGUUUUUGGAUGAUGAAAGUGAUGUGGCAGCCAGUAGUCAAGGAGACACUAUGAAUAUAUGGUCAGUAAUAUUCAUUAUCAUUAUAGCGUAGUUUUAGGUAAAGCUACAACUGUUUCAGAAUCUACCUUUUACUUCAAUUUUUAUCGCUGUUAACUCAAAAAAGUUGACCGUAUAAAGAAGUCUGACUGUUGAAAGGGGGUUGGUGGUGAAAAGAAACUCGACAAAGAUUUUCGCUGGCGGAUAGGGACGCUUUUGGCCCAACUUUUUUGUCUCGAGGAUAUUCCUUUGCGGUUCUACCACCAAGCUAAGUAGAAACAAGCAAACUUGAAAAAUUUGGUGUAUAUAUAAACUGUCAAAAAAUGGGUCUGGGGUCCUGAGGCACCCUAACACUAACGCCAUAAUAACGGGAUAAUUAUAACGCCUUACUUUUGAGGUAUUUCUAAACUUUCGCCAACCUUUUCCCUGUCAUCUAUCAAUGGGUAAUUUAGUGGAAUUAAAUUUAAUGAAAGUGUUUCUUUCCUCUCAUUACAGGGUGAAUGACUCCAGGAUGGAGGAACGUUUUGAAGCAAGGGGAGAUCAACACUUCGAUCGCGUCAGUAUUACCGCUAAAGUUGACCUCACCAUGCGGAAACUCUCAGCACACGGAUCACCUAAUAUCGUUUCGAUCCUUCUCUGCAGUGUUUAAAGUUUAGCAGGAGAACUAUCAAAACAACAUAUUUGCAAAGUGAAAGAAGUGUGACGAUAUAAGACAUUUAUUUUUUUCAUUGAAAUUUUUGCAUGCAAUUGAGAUGAUAUUGAAUUUUAUUGUAGAGAAGGUAUGCUUACCUUCUAUAAAUAAAUGAAUGUAUUUUCUAAGCAUUCGUGCUUUGACAUUAAGUGUAAAUAUAUUAAAAUGUUGUAAAAAGUUGUUAACUUUUGCUCUGCGUUAGGAAAGGGGAUGGUACAGAAUAGGUGAGGGAGCAAUCUUCUCAUUACAACUCUCGGGCCCUUAGAGUCUCAGUGGACCUUCCUCAACCCCCUCCCCCUUCGCAAUAUUCGAUUUGAAUCUCUUCAAUUUUGAAUUAAUUAAAGGGUAUUAUCGUCCGGGUUCGACAGAGGGCCCAGAUUCUUCUUUGUCCCACGGUCCUGAGAGAGUGGACAACACCUCUCAAUUUGAAGAUGGAGCCCAAAUUUGA